CACCACUGCGCGAUGUUGUCUCAGCUUUGUCAAGUUAUUGCAGUUGAAAUAGGUCAAUUGCAUUAUUCUUUUAAUAUUUAACCCUGGCUCCUGUGACAGUUGCUUAAUCAGCAUGUUACAGCAGGUUACACAUCCAGGUGUGCACUGUGACUUUGAGCUCCACGUUGAUAGUCAGGCUCUUUCCAACUCCAGGCACCUGAAGUCUACAUGGCUUCUCAAAAGUCAGACACAGCCAUGUCUCCAAAGAUCACUGGAGAGCUGCUCAGGCAGCUUCGCCAGGCGAUGAGGAAUUGCAAAUACUUCUCUGAACCUAUACAGGCCUACAUCGUCCCCUCUGGAGAUGCCCACCAGAGCGAAUACAUUGCACCAUGUGACUGCAGACGUGAAUUUAUCUGUGGAUUUAAUGGCUCAGCAGGUACAGCCAUCGUCACAGAGCAGUAUGCUGCAAUGUGGACCGACGGGCGAUACUUCCUCCAGGCCAGCCAGCAGAUGGACAACAACUGGACCCUCAUGAAGAUGGGACUGAAAGAGACACCCUCUCAGGAGGACUGGCUGAUCAGCGUCCUGCCAGAGAACUCUAAAGUGGGAGUCGAUCCUUGGAUCAUCGCUGCCGAUCAGUGGAAGAACAUGUCCAAGGCGCUGACCAGUGCAGGCCACUCUCUGGUGGCCGUGCAGGAUAACCUGAUCGAUGCGGUUUGGACAGACCGCCCAAAAAGACCCAGCACACAGCUCCGCACCCUGGGAUUAGACUACACUGGUAUGUCCUGGCAAGACAAGAUCACCACAUUGCGAGCCAAGAUGACAGAGAGGAAGAUCAGCUGGUUUGUUGCCACGGCAUUGGACGAGAUUGCAUGGCUUUUUAACCUUCGUGGUGCCGACAUCGAGUACAACCCAGUUUUCUUUGCAUAUACCAUUGUGGGAAUGAACACAUUAAGGCUUUUUGUGGACCUAAAGCGCCUUUCUGAUCCCGCUUUGAGAGACCAUCUGCAGCUGGACUCUCCCAGCAAGCCUGAGCUGAGCAUCCAGACCUUCCCGUACGAGUCGGUCUACACUGAGCUCCAGGCCAUCUGCGCUGCACUCGGCCCCAAGGACAAAGUGUGGAUCUGUGACAAAGCCAGCUGUGCUCUCACACAGGUCAUCCCCAAGGCCCACAGGACUCCAAUUCCCUACACCCCACUCUGCCUCGCCAAGGCUGUGAAGAAUGCCACUGAGAUUCAAGGCAUGAAAAUGGCCCACAUCAAGGAUGCGGUUGCCCUUUGUGAACUCUUUGCUUGGUUGGAAAAGGAGAUUCCAAAAGGCACUGUGACAGAGAUCUCUGCUGCUGAUAAGGCUGAAGAACUACGCAGUCAACAGAAAGAUUUUGUCGGCCUCAGUUUCCCCACAAUCUCCAGCGUUGGUCCAAAUGGAGCAAUCAUACAUUACAGACCACUGCCUGAAACCAACAGAACCCUCACCAUGAAUGAAGUUUACCUGAUCGACUCUGGAGCUCAAUUUGUUGAUGGAACCACAGACGUCACACGCACCAUGCACUUUGGGACACCAUCUGCUUUUGAGAAGGAAUGCUUUACCUAUGUACUGAAGGGCCACAUAGCUGUCAGUGCUGCUGUUUUCCCCAAUGGAACAAAAGGCCACCUGUUGGAUUCAUUUGCCCGUGCUGCCCUGUGGGAGUCGGGGCUGGACUACCUUCAUGGUACAGGCCACGGCGUGGGCUGCUUCCUCAACGUCCACGAGGGGCCCUGCGGCAUCAGCUACAAGACCUUCGCCGAUGAACCUCUGGAGGCCGGCAUGAUCGUCAGUGAUGAACCUGGGUACUAUGAAGAUGGGUCUUUCGGCAUUCGCCUGGAAAAUGUGGUCCUUGUUGUACCAGCUAAGCCCAAAUACAACUACAGAAACAGAGGGAGUCUGACAUUUGAGCCCCUCACUCUGGUCCCUAUCCAAGUCAAGAUGAUGAACACAGAGCUGCUCACUCAGAAGGAGCGCGACUGGGUGAACGAGUACCACAGGCAGUGCCGGGAGGUGGUUGGAGCAGAGCUUGAGAGGCAGGGCAGGAAGGAGGCACUGGAGUGGCUGGUCAGAGAGAGCCAGCCAAUCGUCUGAGGACUGACUCUUUUGCAAUCCAAUCAUGUUUUCAAAGGAGUACUUUACGAUCGAUUGCUCUGCAGUGAUAAUCGUUUGUAUUUUCCUCAUCUUUCUCUGUGUCUCACACUCGGCUUCUUUUUGUAAAGCACAUCGUAUCAGCAGUUUUAUUAAAGAUCAAUGAAAAUCAAGAAACA